GAGUGUUCGCCUGCUACACUUUUCAAAGGAUUUGAAGAUAAUCAGUCGAAUUUUUUCUCUGAUUUAUUAAGAAUGGCAGAUACACUAGCAACACAUUUGGCAGGAAUUAAACACAUAAUAAUUGUACUUUCGGGGAAAGGUGGAGUAGGAAAGAGUUCUAUAACAACACAACUUGCACUAUGCUUGGUUCAGAGAGGAAAUAAAGUGGGUAUUUUGGAUAUUGAUCUUACUGGACCAAGUAUACCACAUAUGUUGGGACUUGAUGGUAAACAAGUUCACCAGGCUUCUUCAGGAUGGGUACCAGUUUUUGCAGAUGAAAACCAAAAUCUUUGUUGUAUGUCUAUUGGUUUUUUACUACAAAAUAAAAAUGAUUCUGUUGUAUGGAGAGGACCUAAAAAGAAUGCAAUGAUUAAACAGUUUUUGGCAGAUGUUUGUUGGGGUGAAUUAGACUAUCUCAUAAUUGAUACACCACCUGGUACAUCUGAUGAACAUAUAUCUAUUGCUGAAUAUUUAAAAGAUAUCAAUCCGGACGGUGCGGUUAUUGUAACGACUCCACAGACAGUUGCCUUAGCUGAUGUCCGUAAGGAAUUAAAUUUUUGUAAAAAAGUAAAACUACCGAUAUUAGGAGUUGUAGAAAAUAUGAGUGGAUACGUAUGCCCUCAUUGUGAGGAAUGUACAAAUUUGUUUUCAACGGGUGGCGGAGAAGCAAUGGCGCAAGAAUUUGGUGUAGAGUUUUUAGGUCGUGUCCCAAUUGAUCCAUCAUUAACACUCAUGAUUGAAAAAUCUAAUGAUGAUAGUGCAACAUUGGAGAAUGGAUUGAUCAAAAUAUAUACGGAAUCUAAUUUGUUUAAGGUGUUUAAUAAAAUUACGGACAGAAUCGCGGCGAAAGUUAUUACAUAAAGAAUGUAAUAUUAACUGUAGUCAAUUGUUUCAUAACUAAAUAUUUAAAUUUUUGCUAUAUUAAAUAAAUCACAUGGGAUAUUUUAGUUAAUUUUUUUAUUGUUAAAAUCAUAUGAUUUAAUACGUCAAUAUAUGCAACAUGCCGAUCGUAUUGAUUGAUUUUCGAUUAUAUAAUACCCGCAUGAAAUAAUCUCUAA